CCGAGUGAGAACGGACAGAAUGAUCUAGAUUUGUACUUAUGUUCAACUGGAGCCUGUUCCACAAGCUUCUCUGUGUCUCAUAUAUAUGGAUCGGAUGCAUUUUACGCACGCAAAACUCCAGGACGCAAUACUUUAGAAGAGCUCUAUCCAAGUGACCAAGUUGGAGCCAUGGCACGUUUUACGCAGGGCGCGAAUAUGCUGAUAGAAGUGUUUAAAACACUUUUUGGGGGAAUCUGCAGUUCACAUUAGUCAUUUGAGAUCCGAUAAUGUGUGAUAUUCCUGUUGCCGGUGGAAACGUCUAAUCCCUCCCCUGAUUACCGCGCACGGAUGGAUUGCGUCGUGUCGGCCAGCCGACUGACAUCAAGGCCUUGUCAAAAUAUUUUAACCGCUAUGCUUGCGUCCUGAUUGCUGAAUUGAAGCCACUCAGGACAGCCCAGCAUCCCUUUGGACCCCAUCCUCUCUGUGGUACCAAAAUGAGGAGAGCUGUCCUGAAAGAAGCCGCCAAACGAUUCCCCUGGUUGGCCAAUGUCACUUUGUACGGGUGCUUAUUCGCCGGCGGUGACCUGGUCCAUCAGCUAAUAGCUCAGAAGGAGCGCAUCGACUGGAAACACACUCGCAACGUGGCCAUUGUGGCUAUCAGUUUUCAAGGAAACUUCAAUUACUUUUGGCUACGAGCCCUGGAGAAGCGUUUCCCUGGAAAGUCCGCCGGGAUGGUUUUCCGCAAACUCCUGCUGGACCAAAGCUUUGCGUCGCCUUUGGCCACCAGUGUCUUCUACACAGGGGUGAGCUUCUUGGAGGGUAAGGAGGACGUAUUAGAAGACUGGAGAGAGAAGUUCUUCAACACCUGGAAGACUGGACUCAUGUACUGGCCAUUCAUGCAGUUUCUGAACUUUGUCCUGAUGCCGUUGUACAUGCGGACAGCCUUCAUGGGCUGCUGCGCCUUCCUCUGGGCCACCUUCCUGUGCUUCUCCAGGCAAAGCGGUGAUGGCACUGCCGGAGUGGCUCUGGCCUUCGUCAUGGACCCCCGUAAGACCCUGGAGGAGAUGCGAGAGGCCCGACUGGCCCGAAAAAAGCAAAAGGCCCAGAGGACAAACUAAACUUAGGAUGAGGACGAGGAUGCUUUUGUCUUUAAAGCCUUUGGUUACAGGACAGAGGGGUUUCCACUUUUGCUCAACCAGCAAACACAAAUGGAAAGAACCACGGAAAGCUGAAGAGCUCAGGAGCAGGUUACUGGUUGGAAAAUGAAAAACAUCUAUUUGUCAUAUACGCACAACAGUUGACUUAAAGACUUUGAAGGCUGUGAAGUUUAAAUUGCAGAUGUGUUGACAUUUUCCUCCUGUGCUGAAGAUUUGAUAUUUAAUGUGCAAAAAUUUUGUAUUAAUUCCCCAGAACUGGAUUCUUUAUGAAGUGGAAAAGCUUUUUUUUUUUAAAAAAGAUAGCGAAAAUACAUGUGAAACAGAUUAACAAGAAUAAGAAAAUCUAGGUUAAUAUCUGUGUGAAAAAUGUUAAUGGUCCUCUUUUUAAAUGCCCAGUAUACUAACGCUUUGGCUAAAACAAACACAAAAGCAUUAUCAGUACUGGAACUAUAAAUAUUCAGUUUAUCCUGAUACUUGAGAAAAAUCUUUAAAAUCAAAUGGGUUCAUCCUCAGAAGAGCAUGAAGGUGCUAAACACAUUUUAUAGUAAGAUAGAUUUGGAGAUUUCUUGUAUGGAAGUGGAGAUUUUGUCCUAAUGGAGGCACUAGACUAAAGGGCAAGAGGAUUCCCUCUCAGGGGAUCAUGAAUAUUUUCAGCAAGUUUGGAGACAUUUUGUUCUGUAGCAAAAUGACAGGUGGAACAAUAGAACAACACUGGAAUUCACUUAAAGAAAGUAAUGUCUGAAAGCCUGGCACAUAUUGUUUACAGUUGCAGUUAUAAUCAAAUGAUGAUCUUGCCUCCAAACCACAGAGGUUUCAGCUGAAAUGAGAUUGGACCUAUGGGCUCGUUACUUUAAAAGGCAGUUGUGUUGUGAUGGAGGACUGUGGCUGGUUGUUGAGUUUGAUGCGAGCCCACAGAGCAGUGAAGCUCCUGAGAUCAGAGUUGAGGGCUCGAUCUUUCUGUUUUACACUAGUUGUGCCUUCUUUCUUGCUGAUAAGACCAUCCUGGCCAGAGGUCUGCGAGCUUGCAGUGUGUGUCUGAGUGGUGAUAGUCAUUAGCAAAAAUAAUCAAUACAAUGCAAUAUGUGUAUAUAUAUUUUUUUGUGAGUGUACAAUUUUAAAUGGAGUUUCUGUGUUUAUUUUGGGAUGCACUGAUGUGUUAUGUCCUGAAAGCUCAUCAAGAUUCAUCAUCUGGGGAGGAAGAAUGUGCUCAGUUAUACAGUCAGGUCCAUAAUUAUUUGGAC